AUGAAAGCUUUCCGUCUUGUAGUUUCUAAGAAAUUCGGCUUUGAUCCAUUUAAAAACCGCAGCAGAGGUUUUCAACCAACCUGUAUUAUUUCUGAGAGUUUUGCCGUGCUCAAAGGGUAUCUUUGAUACUCCAAAAUUCCGUAAUAUUUUUUCACUCUAUAUUUUUAAUUCGGCGGAAUAAUUUUGAACGCCGUAUGCAGUGAAUAAACAUGCUAUGCAACGCUAUGGUUUGCAAAAAAAUUUCUCAACAAAUGAUUUCGAAACUUUGAGGUUUUCCUUUUUUUUUUCUGGCUUACCUUUUUUGAAGUGCCAGAUUUGGAUAAGUCUUGUAAAAACGCUGGAAGAGUAAAAAAAUCAUAAGCUUCACAUGUUGACCUUUCUCAUAUUAAUUUUGAAAUAAUUGGAUAAACAAGACGCCCUUUCGUAAAUAUAUUAACCAGACUUUUAUAGUCUGUCCACCGCGACUUGACAUUUUUCGCGUGUCUGCGUCUCUCUUUUCCCUCACCGGCGAGGUCAGAGAAACAUAGAAACAGCACGUAAAAAUGAGAGAGACGUUGAGAGAUAAUGAGGGCGCAGAGAAGUCCCGCCCUUUCAAGUCGCGAAAAACGGACUAUACUGGAUCUUUAAAAUGAAUAUAAAAUAGAAAAGACUUUGAAAUUAUACCAAUGGUUACAGGUGAUCUCCUCAAAAAGUUCCUGACCAGGAAACGUUUUUACCCAAAAAAUUGCUCGCAAUAGAUCUUGUUUCUGAGUUAUGAAUAGGGACCGCAGACGAAUUUUCAAAAAUUUUUUUUCAGCAUUGAGCUUUGUAUGGUUUGAUAGCUGUUUCGAUUCAAAACUCAGAACCGUUUAGUUUUUCAAAAAAGAUUGAGAAUGAAAAAAGUUAUGACGGAAAAUGUGGCGCGCCGCGCACCAUUUUUUUAGUACUGAAAUUUUGGUAUUAUCCAUUUUUGACAUUUUUCUCGAUUUUUCUUCUAGAACAAGUUUUGAUACUGGUCUAUUAUGAUGUAACAAAUCAUAAUAGAGUGCUAAAAUGAUGCAAAUUUGCUAGUUUGCCGAAAAAGUCUGUAUUUUGCAGAAAACAAAAAACUGGCGCUUGCGGGCAUCGAACUCGCGACCUCAAAAUGAAAAAUCGGAGCGCACGCGCUGCGCCAAGCUGUUAGGUCCAGCGCGGGGAGCUUCCAUCCGCCUUACCCUUUGAGCCGUUUAAAUAGCACAGAUUGCCUAUUUCAAAAAAAUAAAAAAAUUUGAAGUAAUUUAGCUAUUUUUUUAUCAGAAUAUGUUCGCAAAUCUUUACUCAAACUUUUUCGUGGAAAUUCACUUCGAAAAAAACUGUUUUUUUAGUGCUUUUUUUGCCUCGUUUAACGAUCGCUGCAUUAAAACGGCCCCGUAAAUUUUUUUGGCAAAGACGAAUUUUUUUAUUUUAUUCUUUUUAAUUGAAAGAUUUUUUUACUAAUAAAUGUAUAUAAUCGUUUGAGAAACCUGCGUUCGACCGCUUUCUGUGUGAUAAACGCCGCUAAUUUUAUUCUCUAUUUUUCAAGAGCAUUUUUUUGCGUAUUAAACAACUUUUUUUCAAGCAAAGAUGCUGUAGAGAAAUAUUUAAGUAAGCUCAUGAUCUAAAUUUUGAAAAAAACAAAAAAACUCGAUUAUAUUCGCUUAUUAACGAUAUUUUUGAAUUAUGACUUUCGGCACUCCCUAAAAAUUUUUUUGGCAAAGACGAAUUUUUUUAUUUUAUUGUUUUAAAAAUUACCGUUACUUGGAUCAAAAUCAUUUUAUAAAAAAAGAAAGAGUGCGUUCGACCUGAAAAACACAUGAAAAAAAGCAAAAAAACGACAAAAAUUUUUUUUAGUUCCAUUCACGUUUUUUUGUACGACAUUCCGCGCGAACGCAUCAAAGAAAAAGCGUGAAAUAUUUUUUUAAACGAAAGAGGAAGCUUUUUCUGUACAUGUGUGUCAAAUUUUAUUCGCCAGUUCCACAUAUUUUACAACUACAACAAAAUGAAAGUUUAAAACCAAAAAAAAGCCACUUUUUCUAUCGCGAAAAGGGGCGUGGCUUUGCGGUCCCUAGUUAUGAAGCUUCAAAGUGUGAAUACGCAUUAGGCCAAAAAAGCGCUAUUUCGGGCUUUUGAAGUGUCCUAACUCGAAAACGAGAUCCAUUGCGAGAAAUUUUUUUCUUGUUCUGCAAUCACGAAGGUUUGAAGUACACUUAAGCAAAGUUUCAGCAAAAGUUCAACCGGGGGGUAAAAAACGUUCCCUAGUGAGCUUUUUUUCCUGUUCAAAGUCAUUUUCCCAUUUUGUUUUUUCAGAACACGUCCCGGAGGCUUCUUUCAAGAUUCAGAUUCAAACAGAUCUGAUAAAAUUGCAGCUUCCAAACACCAGAAAAGGCUCCACUCUUCCGACCAUAAUCGGGAAUCGAUAAAUCAUGCCGAAGGGAGCAAUCCGAAACAUUUUGUGACUGUCAGCGGCUCGAGGAGCCCGAUAACGGGACCAGCGCCACGUGCUGCUUCCACGAUAAUUUAUUGUCACGAUCCUGAAAUGCUUAUCAGCCAUUUUUCGAGGCGAUUAUUGGACCCGCGAAACGUGGCACGCGGCUGAUAAAAGGCCGGUUGCUCCCUUCAUUUCCAUCUUCUCCGAAACCUUUUUCCUCCUUCUUGGGAAAUUUUUUUUUUCAUCAAGCUGGGCUCUUUCCGGCUUGAAAGGGGAGAAGGGUAGAUUGGCGAAGGGGACGCGUUGCGUGUGCGUCGCGGCUUUUUUGGCGAGAAGCUCGAAUUCUAACGCGCCACCAUUUUUUUAUCCUUUUUUGAAAGCUUUUUAUCUUUUUUUUCAAUUUCUUAUAGAUUUGGAAAAAGUUCAAUUGAAGGAAAUAUAAGUAUAGGAACAAUGAAGAUUUUUUUGUGACCCCCUCCCCACAAGCCGCGUCGCGUACGCAACGCGUCACUCUUCCCAAUAUAUCCCUCUCGCCUUUCAAAUCGUAAAAAAUUGACUAUAAUUCAAUGAAAAUCUCAGGAUGAGAACCGUUUUCUCGGCCGCCGCUCUCCUGGCUGUCCUGGCCGUUGCUCAGGUUAGAGGCUCAAAUCGGAAUUUUCAAAAUAAAAAUUGGUUAUUUCUAGGCCGAGGUUCCGUCAGUGUGCGGAAUGUGCAAGGAGGUUCGUUUUGAAGAUUUCAAAAACAAUAAAAACGCAAAAAAAAUAUCAUAGAGUUCAUUUUUCGUAUGAAACAAAAGAUGAAUAGUUGAACAAUUUCCAAAAUUUUCGAUUCCUAGAGAUAAAUUUCUGAUUCCCAUAUUUCGAGCCUUGUUGAAAUAGAACGAGAACUGACCGAAAUAAAUGGAAUGAACUUGACAAGAUUUUUUAAAUGAUCUGUGAAACAUCAGAUAGAGUUUGGAGGUCCUAAAUAAUUCCUAUUUUUCUGAGAGAUCUUCUUAAAAAAAUUUAUUUUGUUCUAAAAAAAUUAGUGGCCUUCCACGAAUAAGAAAAAUGCUUCUUUGAAAUUUCAGUAAUAUUUUAAAAACUUGAUGCGCAAUAUUUUAAUUUUAGCUAUCAAAUUCAAAAAAAUCGAGUUGAUUUUCUUGAGUCUCGCUAUACAAAAAUCAUUACGACUUUUUUUAGGCAAAAACAAAAUUUUUUUUAGGAGGUUUUAUUCUUAAUUUUUCUUUAGAUGGAGCCUUCAGAAUUGUUCAGAAAUCGUUAUUCUAGCACGUGAGCAACUUCGUCGAGGCCUCCCACAACCCGAUCAAGCUGGCCGAGCUCCGCGCCACGCUCCUCCACGUCUGCGCCGGAACUUCCUUCGCCACGGAUUGCUCCCUCGUCGCCGGAAAACUCGACUUCAUCGCCCGUCGUCUUGCUCCUUACAUGGUAUGAAACAGGAAAAAUGAAUUGGGAAAAUUUGAAGUCAAAAAGUUUCUCACUUCGGAAGGAAAUUAUUUUUGGGGCCUGUUAAAGUUUGAAACAAACUUGGCGAAGUGUACUUUGGAUCAAUUGUAUAGGGACCGCAAAGCCACGCCCCUUUUCGCGAUAGAAAAAGUGGCUUUUUUUUGGUUUUCAACUUUCAUUUUGUUGUAGUUGUAAAAAUAUGUGGAACUGGCGAAAUAAAAUUUGACACACAUGUACAGAAAAAGCUUCCUCUUUCGUUUAAAAAAAUAUUUCACGCUUUCUUGAUGCGUUCUCGCGGAAUGUCGUACAAAAAAACGUGAAUGGAACUAAAAAAAUUUUUGUAAUUUUUUUGCUUUUUUUCAUGUGUUUUUCAGGUCGAACGCACUCUUUCUUUUUUUAUAUAAUGAUUUUGAUUCAAGUAACGGUAAUUUUGAAACAAUAAAAUAAAAAAAUUCGUCUUUGCCAAAAAAAUUUACGGGGCCGUUUUGAGGCAGCGAUCGUUAAAAAGAGGCAAAAAAAGCACUGAAAAAAACAGUUUUUUUCGAAGUGAAUUUCCACGAAACGUUUGAGUAAAGAUUUGCGAACAUAUUCUGAUAAAAAAAUAGCUAAAUUACUUCAAGUUUUUUUCUUUUUGAAAUAGACAAUCUGUGCUAUUUAAACGGCUCAAAGGGUAAGGCGGAUGGAAGCUCCCCGCGCUAGACCUGACAGCUUGGCGCAGUGCGUGCGCUGCGAUUUUUUUCAUUUUUAGGUCGCGAGUUCGAUACCCGCAAGCAUCAGUUUUUUUGUUUUCUGCAAAAUACCGACUUUUUUUCGGCAAAAAUAGCUGAUUAGCAUCAUUUUAGCACUCUAUUAUGAUUUGUUACAUCAUAAUAGACCAGUAUCAAAAACUUUUUCUAGAAGAAAAAAAUCGAGAAAAAAAUGUCAAAAAAAUGAAUAAUACUAAAAUUUCAGUACUAAAAAAAUGGUGCGCGGCGCGCCACAUUUUUUUCGUCAUAACUUUUUUUCAUCCUCAAUCUUUUUCGAAAAAAACUAAACGGUUCUGAGUUUUUGAAUCGAAACAGCUAUCAAACCAUACAAAGCUCGAUGCUGAAAAAAAUUUUUUGAAAAUUCGUCUGCGGUCCCUACAAUUGUAUUCAGGUUCCAGAAAAAUACUUUCCAAAGAACUUUCUUAAGAAACUUGUAAAGCUUGCAGAACAAAUAAAUUUUAGUUAUCAAAAAAUAACAGUAGACUUUUUUUUCGUGCAAACCUUGGUUGAAUGGCUAGGAAUAUCUUUUCCAUAAAUAUUUGAAAGGUGAUGGAAAAAAAAGGUUAUGUGGAGCUAAUAUGUCAGGAAAAAUCCCGAAGUUGAAAAAUUGGUAAAUCCCAUCAAAAAAGUUCUCUCAAUUCCAGGCCGACACCGAGGCGGUCUGCACCAAGUUCCAGGCCUGCCCGGAGCCCGAUUUGGCGGGACUCCCUCAACUCGUCGUUCUUUUCCUCAAGCAGUCCGAAGGACGCAUGACUUUCGAUGCCGCCAAGGUGAACUCCGGGAAAAAUCAUCAGAAAAUGUGA